AUGUAUUCAAUUGUUGCUUCGUUGGACUCCAUGGACGUUGACCACGACAAACACGAAGGGGAGGGGACUCACCUAGAACCGAUGGACAUUGACCACGAUGAACACGAAGGGGAGGAUGUCGCAAACAACACUCAACCGGAAAACUACAUGAUCAUCGAUGAUGAUGAGGCCGGUGGGGAGGAUGUGAUGGAGGUGUGCGACAGUGUAACGGAGAACAGUGCUCAACCGAGAUGCGCGCUCACUCAGUUCGUGUUACGAACUGAGUCGCGUGCGAACUGGGAUGAUCUAACAGCGACGAUCACGACAGUGAUAUCUCGUGCUGAGAGUCCGAGGUCGGCUCCUACAGACAAGCAGGAGUUGUGUACGUUCACGGAGGUGAACGAUGAUAGCGGUUUUACAGGCAGAAGGGGUCUCAAGUCCUUCUGA